GAGUUCGUAAAUGGUUUAUAUCAGGUUCAGUCGCUAUCGAAUAUCACCCGUUGACUGCCUUUGCGAGUCCGUGGGAGUGCUGGAAAGUUGCAAUGGCGGACAUAGGCGAGGAAGUGAAGAACAAGCAAGUGCUAUUUCGGGACUACGUUAGUGGUUUCCCUAAGGAAUCCGAUUUCAUCAUUACCACUGCUACCAUCCGCUUGAAGCUUCCUCAAGCUUCAAAUGGCGUUUUGGUCAAAACACUCUUUCUUUCUUGCGAUCCCUUCAUGCGAAUGCUCAUGAAAAAUCAAUCCUCUGCGUUUUCUUAUUCCCCUGGCUCUUUACUAUUUGGAUAUGGAGUUGCUAAAGUUUUGGAGUCUGCUCACUCGGACUUCAAUGAAGGUGAUCUAGUUUGGGGAAUGUUGAAAUGGGAAGAGUACUCUGUUGUGGAGGACCCUGGAAAACUCGUCAAAAUCCACCAUACUGAUGUCCCUCUCUCAUAUUAUACUGGAAUUCUUGGUAUGCCCGGUAUAACUGCUUAUUUUGGAUUUCAUGAAGUAUGCUCCCCCAAGAAGGGAGAAUAUGUGUUUGUAUCAGCAGCUUCUGGUGCAGUUGGUCAACUUGUUGGCCAAUUAGCAAAGUUGAUGGGUUGUCAUGUUGUUGGUAGUGCUGGAAGCAGAGAGAAGAUUGAGCUGCUGAAAAACAAGUUCGGAUUUGAUGAGGUUCUCAACUACAAGGAAGAACAUGACUUAGAUGCAGCACUAAAGCGAUGCUUCCCUGAAGGUAUAGAUAUUUAUUUCGAAAAUGUAGGAGGGAAGACACUUGAUUCAGUGCUUUUAAACAUGAGGCCUCAUGGUCGGAUUGCAGUAUGUGGAAUGAUAUCUCAAUACAACCUUGAUCAGUUGGAGGGCGUGCAUAAUCUCAUGCGUCUUGUACCUCAGCGGAUCCGCAUGGAAGGCUUCAUUGCUAAUGAUUAUUUCCACCUUAAUGCCAACUUUUUAGAAGCAAUGUUGUCUUAUAUCAGAGAAGGGAAGAUAACCUAUGUCGAGGACACGGUUCAUGGCCUCGAGAGCGGCCCAGCAGCUUUGAUUGGACUCUUUAGCGGUCGCAAUAUUGGGAAACAAAUAGUUUCCAUCUCCACAGAAUGAUUCUACUGCUGUUGGUUUCUUCUGUAAUCCUUUCUCCUUCCAUUUGGGUCUCAGGUCUUGUCAGUCUUCAAAUGGACCAUGUAUAACAAAUAAAUAGUUUCAAUCACAAUAAAGCGGCCCAGGUAUUUUAUUAUUCUCAGUGCUGUUAAAUUUACUGAAAAUAAGGCAGAUGGUUGGAUUGUGUUGAGAUUUUGAGGUUUUUCAUCGUUUGUUGUUUCUUAAAUUUAUUUUCGGAUUCAAUUAAACUAUAAGGGUGAACUUCCGUGUAUUUUUGGUUA